CUUCCGCUUUCGGUGGCGGCUCCCGUGGCCCUGGGUGUGAACUGAGGUUUGAAAGCUGCGGGGUGGGAUCCUGUGGCUCCAGUCUCUCCGGCUUGGGCGGAGGCUUAGCUGUUGCGGACCUGGCCCCAGGACGCCUGCCAUGGAGGGGCAGCGGGUGGAGGUGGACGGCGGGAUCAUGGAAGGGGGCGGCCAGAUCCUCAGGGUCUCCACGGCCCUCAGCUGUCUCCUGGGCCUCCCCCUGCGCGUGCAGAAGAUCCGCGCGGGCCGCAGCACGCCGGGCCUGAGGCCUCAACAUUUAUCUGGACUGGAAAUGAUUCGAGAUUUGUGUGAUGGGCAGCUGGAGGGGGCAGAAAUUGGCUCAACAGAAAUAACCUUUAUACCAGAGAAGAUCAAAGGUGGAAUCCACACUGCAGAUACCAAGACAGCAGGGAGCGUGUGCCUGUUGAUGCAGGUCUCAAUGCCCUGUGUUCUCUUUGCUGCUUCUCCAUCUGAACUUCGCUUGAAAGGUGGAACUAAUGCUGAAAUGGCCCCACAGAUUGAUUACACAGUGAUGGUUUUCAAGCCAAUUGUUGAAAAAUUUGGUUUCACAUUUAAUUGUGACAUUAAAAUGAGGGGCUAUUACCCAAAAGGGGGUGGUGAAGUGAUUGUCCGAAUGUCACCAGUUAAGCAGUUGAAUCCCAUAAAUUUAACUGACCGUGGCUCAGUGACUAAGAUAUAUGGAAGAGCUUUUGUUGCUGGUGUUUUGCCAUUUAAAGUAGCAAAAGAUAUGGCGGCGGCAGCUGUGAGAUGCAUCAGAAAGGAGAUCAGGGAUCUGUAUGUUAACAUCCAGCCAGUUCAGGAACCUAAAGACCAAGCAUUUGGCAAUGGAAAUGGAAUAAUCAUUAUUGCUGAGACAUCCACUGGCUGUUUGUUUGCUGGAUCAUCGCUUGGUAAACGAGGUGUAAAUGCAGACAAAGUUGGAAUUGAUGCUGCUGAAAUGCUAUUAGCAAAUCUUCGACAUGGUGGUGCUGUGGAUGAAUAUCUGCAAGACCAGCUGAUUGUUUUCAUGGCAUUAGCCAAUGGUGUUUCUAGAAUAAAAACAGGACCAGUAACACUCCAUACACAAACAGCUAUACAUUUUGCUGAACAACUAGCAAAGGCUAAAUUCACUGUGAAGAAGUCAGAAGAUGAAGAUGAUGCCUCUAAAGACACUUACAUUAUUGAAUGCCAAGGAAUUGGGAUGACAAAUCCAAAUCUAUAGGAUAUUUACCUCAUAAUAGCACCUUGGUGUAUUACACUAAACCAUUUCAAAAAUAGGAGUACUACAAAACAGUGAAUAAGAAGUAAAUUAUUAAAGGACGACUUAAGUUAGAAGGUGAAGUACAGUGUUCAAACUUUGCUGAGAAUACUUCAUCAAGUUAACCUUAUUUUGAAUAAAAGAGUUGGUGGCAUAUGUAUGAUAGCUGAUUUCAAUAAAGUAUUGAAAUAAAAUAUUAUUUAUACCAGAAGUAAAAAAAUUUUUUAAGAUUUAUUUAUUUGAAAAUCAGAGUUACUGGGAGAGGGAGAGACAGAAACACAGAGAGAGAGAGAGAGAGAGAUCUUGCAUCUGCUGGUUCACUCCUUAAUAGCCACAAUGGCAGGGGCUGGGCCAAGCAGAAGCCAGGAACCAGGAGCUUCAUCCAGGUCUUCCACAUGGGUGCAGAGGCCUAAGCACUGAGCCAUCUUCUGCCACUUUCCCAGGUGUAUUAGCAGGGAGCUGAAUUGGAAGUGGAGGAGCUGGGUCUCGAACCAGUGCCCAUAUGGGAUGCCAGCAUCACAGGUGGCGGCUUUACCUACUACACCAUAACACUGGUCCCCAAUUUUUUUUAUGUAAUAAAGUCAGGAUACAUAUUUGAUAGGUAAUUUAUAUACGGUUAUCAUCCCCUUACCUAAUGUUUUCCCUGUUGUGGUUUUAAUUACUCAAGGUAAACUGUGGUGCAAAAAAUAUUAAAUGGAAAAUUCAAGACAUAAAUAAUUCAUCAGUUUAAAUUGUAAGCGAUUCUGUCAUGUGAUGAAGUCUGCUCCAUCUUGCCUGGGGUACGAAUCAUUCCUUUGUCAAUUGCAUCCACGUUGUAUAUACCAUCACCCGUCAGCCAAUAGCUGUCUUUUUAGGUUAUCAGAUUGACUGUCAGUGUUGCAGUGCUUGUGUCCAGCUAAUCUUGUUUUAUUUAAUAGUAAUCCCAAAGCACCCGAGUAGUAAUACUGGCAAUUCAGAUAAGCCACAGAGAAGAAGUAAAUGAUUCCUUUCACUAUCAUCUCAUGUCAUUACAAGAAGAGUGAGUAUAGUACAAUAGGAAAUUUUGAGAGAGACCAUAUUCACAUUACCUGUUCUAGAGUAUAUUGCUUAACUAGGAUAUGGUCUGAGAAAUGCAGUUAGAUUAUUUUCUCAUUGUGCAGACAACAGAGUUUACUUACACAAAGUAGAUGGUAUAUGUUAAUCACUGGACAUGGCCUCAUUUUUUUUUUUAAAGAUUUAUUUAUUUGUUUAUUUGAAAGGCAGACUUACAGAAGCAGAGAGUGCUUCUAUCUGCUGAUUCACUCCCCAGUUGGCCGCAACAGCCGGAGCUGCGCCAAUCUGAAGCCUGGAGCCAGGAGCCUCUUUCAGGUCUCCCACAAGGGUGCAGGGGCCCAAGGACUUGGGGCCAUCUUCCACCGCUUUCCCAGGCCAUAGCAUAGAGCUGGAUUGGAAAUGGAGCAUCCAGGACUCGAACCAGCACCCAUAUGGAAUGCCAGCACUUCAGGCAACAGCUUUUACCUACUAUGCCACAGCACUGGGACAUGGCCUCUUGAUACAAUCUAUCAUAAGUUGUAUGGGGCUGCUACCAGGGAAAAAUGGUAGACUUUUUUUUUUUAAUAAGUAGAAAUAUACUCUAAAAUAAAAAGUAUAGCAUAGUAAAUGCAUAAGCCACUAACAGUCAUUUGUUAUCAUCCAAUAUUAUGUACUAUAUACACAAAGAUAUGACCUAUACUUUUAUAUGACUGACAGUGUAGUAGGUUUGUGUUUACCAACAUCACCACAAAAAUGAGAGUAACAUUAUUAGGAAUUUUGAUAGGAAUUUGAUUAAUAGGAAUUUUUUACCUCUACCAUAAUC